AUGGGAGCCAUGGUAUCAUCAAGAACAACCUGCAAUACCCCAAUCCUCUUGUUCCGCAUUAGCGAUGCUAGGACUCGAAAGGUCGUGGGAAUCGAGGUGGUAAUCCUCGUUGCUUUCUUCAUGUACACCGCGAUUCUCUAUAGACUAUCCACAAUCUGGGAUCGCCAGUCCCUACCCUCGGAAACAAAAUCUACGAGCAACAACAGCCCAAAAGAUGAACACGCCGACUUCACCAAGGAAAUCGCUGUCGAUGUAUGGUUCGGGCUCACAUUGAUGCCGACCUUCGACGCAAUCGCAAUCGUCGGAACCUGCAAUCUCGCCAUCAUCAACCGUUGGCAUUACUUUGUCUCUAUUCGCACGAUGGUGCUGGCCUACCUUGCGUCGAUCAUCGUCAUUCUAUCCAGCAAGCCGGGAACAACUAACUUCAUUUACGAGCAUCCUGGAUCGGUGUUCAUGCUUACCUUGGCUGUAUACGCUGGUAUGGGAGCGUGUUUAGACUACUUUCGCGCUCCGCCGCCAAGGACAAGUAUGAACCCCCGCGCAUGGACAAUGUCAGAGUAUGUUGGUGCUAUAGGGCGCUCGGAUGGCACGUGGAGCGAAGCGAUUAUAGUUACUGCAGUAACAUGCGGCCUGGCGCCUGCUCUUACUAUCAGUUUACCAGUCGAGUGUUGGGGCAUCAUCCCGCUGGUCAGCACUGCAUUCGAGGCAAUUAUCUUCCGCAAAACUCGAUUCCGUCGCACGUGCCAGUACACCGUACUCUCAGCCCCCUUUUUCCAGGGCGGCGUAUGUGUACACUGGGGCCUGAAGCAGAUAAUCGGUUCCCCGAGACUCUUUUCACCACCAUGGAUGUUCCUGCUUUUACUUGUGGCCAGUCGCCUGAUUCUCGAUUUGCAUCUGCAGACGCUCUUUCGGAACUGUCCCGAGUUCCAGUGGGCUCGGGCUCGGGCUGUGCUUCCAACUACGCAAUUGGUACCGGUAGUUCUUAUUCUUCUUUUCCUUGAGAUGAUGCACUUGUCGGUUGUGAAGUGGGUAAAGCCGGUUUCGGUCCUUGGGAUUUACCUAGCGGGUAUUGUUGCGGGGACAUUGCCCGGUGCUUACACUCUUGCUUUUGGGCGGGAGAAGAAGUAGACAGGUUGAGGGACUUUUGUUGCAGAUGAAAUAGCGG